UCACCACGGUAUCGUGGAGUCGCGCAGGUAACGGCUAUGUAGGAUAGGCGCGCGAUCGAACAAACGCGACGUAUAUAAUCCGUCGUCGUCGUCGUCGGUUUGUAGCAACGCGCGAUAAUUCGAUCGGCGCCGCCCCGUCUCGACUCGCUGCCGAGUACUCGAACGGGGUUAUACCGCAGCAGCGCACAGGCUCCCAUUCGGACGUGUAAACAAUUAUCGAAAUUCGAGUCAAUCGGUAGAGCAAGAGAGCGAUUCGCGAUGGGCUGCAAGUGCGUCGACGAGUACGACAACGAGGACGUGCGCAAGCUGAUCGAGCGGCCCGAGAAGCCGGCCGUCAAGAGCCCCAGGUACCGAUCGAGACACACGAGCCGCACGAUCCGCGAGAUCGCCCGGUCCAAGAGCGCCCACAAGACCCUGGGCCAGCCGAGGGUGCCCCUGAAGCCGCCCAGCGCCUACCUGAGAAAGGGCGAGGGCCCGCGGCCGCGACGCUCCAAGUCCAGCCACAAGCAUUACCGGCCGCCGGACUACGCGCGCCAACUGCCCGACUGGAAGCCCGCCAAGAGGCCGGCCAGGUGCGCGCCCGGCGAUCUGCCGGAUCUGCCGAGAGAUCCGCGCGAGGGCCGACGCUCGGCGGGCCAGCUCCUCGACUUCUGCAAGAGGAACGUCGAGGGCGUCGUCGAGUAUCGCAACGCCAAGGUGCAGUCGAUCAAGUUCUGCGACACGCGACACGGCGACCGGCAGGAGCUACGACCCAGCGGCCUGCAGCUCACUUACGUCCACAAGAAGAAUUACGGCCGAGUGCCGCAGUUCGUGAAGACGUCGCGCGACGACCGCAAGAGAUCGGCCGCCGCCGCGGCGAGUCAGCGGGAUCGAUCCCAGGCGGGUUUGCCCACCGGCUGCGUCUACCUCACCGAGGACCAGAGGGCCAAAUUGCUCGAGAGCAUGAAAGUAAAGCGGGCUUCGCUGAUGAAAACGUUCCAGUGUCUGCCGUUCGUCAUCGACACCGCUCCGAAAAUCAAGAGAAAAGCCGCGCUCGAGGAUAAGCUCAAACAGGUCGAGAAAGACAUUGAACUGUUCGAGAGUCAUCCCUACAUCUUCGUUUACAAUGAAUAAAUCGUAACAAUUCCUGGAUCAAAUUUCAAUUAUUGCACUUCUUUUCGCGUAAAUUGCUCGUAAAAGUUAAUCUACGUAGAGGCCUUCGUUGCGUUAUUCUUUGCGC